AUGAUUCGUGACAUCAUUGUUCUCUAUACUCCGCAUGACACUGUUCGAACGCAAGCUUUACAAAAGAUUGACCCAGAGUUAAAAGAUGUGUUGGAUAUAGCCACUGCAUACGAGACAUCACAAAAAACAUUUACGGCGAUCAAAGAGAAUAAUAAUGAGAUGGAGGUAAAUGCAUUAUCGACCUCAAAGGGAUGUUCUCAGUCGCGCACACAAUCCGAUUCAGCGAGAAAAUCUUGUCCCAGCUGUUUUGUGAAUCAUCAGAGAAGCGAUUGUCGUCACAAUAAAACUGUUUGCCAUAAAUGCAAAAAAAUUGGGCAUAUAGCAGCUGUUUGUUUGAUGAGUGCGAACGAUGGGAAUGCUAGUACGGUUAAUUCAAAACGAAACAAAAAGCACAAGUCAAACAGAAGAGACAAAAUAAAAUCAAGCGGUAAAUAUACAGCUAAUUCAAUUGAACAAAUUCAUUUUAGUGAAGUGGUUACGUCACAUGAAUGUGCGAUGGUAAAAGCUGAAUCAAGGCCGUGGAUUAUGGUGGAUGUCGUUGUCAAUGGGUGCCCGAUGAGAUUCCAGGUUGACACGGGGGCAUCUUGUUCUCUAGUUGGGUUAGAAGGAUUCCAGAAAUUGGGGCAACCAAAGUGCUGUGCUACAACCAAGUCUCUCCAAGCAUACGGUGGAACACCACUAAGGUUAAAAGAAGAACUGGCUGUGCAGGUGACAUACGAAAAUUCCACAUAUAAUAUGAAUUUGCUCGUAGUUGAUGGCUCUGGUGCGAACAUAUUGCGACUAGAUUGGUUCAAAGCUUUCAGCUUAAAGGUUCAACACUCUAUUUUACAAAUUAAAUCUAAUGAUUUUCUUCUCAACAGCAUUGAGACGUUAUGCAAGAAGUACGGCAGACUUUUUUCAUCGGGGCUAGGCAAGUGCACAUCCUUUCAAGCUCACUUGGAAUUGAAGGAGGGUGCAGUGCCAAAGUUUGUACGUCAUCGUCAAAUUCCCUAUGCUCUCUUAGAUGGAACGAAAAAAGAACUAGAUCGCUUGGUGGCUGAGGGAAUUUUGUCCUGGGUUCAGCGCACUCAAUGGGCCGCACCGGUGGUGGUGAUCGUCGAGAAGGCUAAUGGUGGAAUACGGAUUUGUGGCGAUUUUAAAACAACGGUGAAUCCACAAAUCGUAUGCAAUCGUCAUCCACUUCCUCGACCACGAGAUUUAUUUCACAAGCUUCGUGGAGGAAAAGUAUUCAGUAAAAUCGAUCUUUCGGAAGCUUAUCUUCAGAUUGAACUGGACGAAUCUUCGAGAGAUUAUGUGGUGAUCAACACACCUUUUGGUCUCUUACGGUUCAAACGGUUGCCGUACGGGAUAAGCAGCGCUCGAGGCGAGUUCCAAGGUGUAAUGGGACAAAUCUUUGCGGAUCUGCCUGUGGGUAUUUAUAUUGAUGAUAUGGUCAUCGCUGGCACAUCGGAAGAGGAGCAUCUGCAAAUUUUGGAAGAAGUUCUAAAAAGAUUGGAAGCAAAUGCAUUUCGAUGCAACAAGCGUAAGUGUACGUUCGCAGCAGCAGAACUUGAAUACCUGGGACACACGCUCAAUUCGAAUGGCAUACGUCCUUCCGAAAAACACUUGGACGCUCUUCGUUGCCUACCUCGACCAACGAAUGUGAAAGAAUUGGAAGCAGUUAUUGGUAAAUUGAAUUACUAUAACCAAUUUAUUUCGAACUUUUCGCAGGUGGCAGGUCCAUUAAAUUCACUUCGUGCCAAAGGGGUUAAAUUUGUGUGGUCUGAGCAACAACAAAUAGCAUUUGAGAGUUUAAAGAACAGCAUCCUAAAAGCAACUCGGCUGGCGCAUUUUGAUGUGUCUCUCCCCAUUAUUUUGGCAACAGAUGCCUCAAGUUAUGGCAUUGGCGCAGUCAUUUCCCAUCGGUUUCCAGAUGGUUCGGAGCGGCCGAUUGCAUUUGCCUCCAAGACGUUGGACUGCUAUCGGAAACUCUAUAGUCAAAUAGAGAAGGAGGCGUUGUCGAUUAUUUUCGGUGUCAAAAAAUUUCAUUGUUACCUGUAUGGCCGUAUUUUCGAGCUGCAGACGGAUCACAAGCCUCUAACGGUGAUAUUCAACCCGAGUAAGCAGAUUCCCGAAAUGACUAUGCGACGUCUUCGGAACUGGGCUUAUAUUUUGAUGGGAUACCAAAUAAAGUAUCGACCUGCAGCGAAACAUGCCAACGCAGACGCUUUGUCACGACUUCCAAUUGGGCCAGAUGUGUCUUUCGGCGAACAAGAUAAUAAUUUCCAUAAAGUAAACACUUUAAUUCUGGAAGAUUUAGACACCACUUCAAUAAAUGCAACAGUCAUUGGAAAUCUCACUAAGAAUGAUAAAUUAUUAAAUAAAGUUUCUUCGUACAUCAAGAAAGGGUGGCCGGUUAAACUGGCGAGCAACGAAAAGGAGCUGAAACCAUUUUUCGAACAUUAUGAUCGUGUCAUUAUUCCGGAAGCUCUGCAGUCCAGAGCAUUGCAAUAUAUUCAUGAAGGUCAUUGGGGCUGUUCACGUAUGAAGCAGUUUGCAAGGCGGUAUAUCUGGUUUCCAGAUAUGGACAAGCAGAUCGAGAAAUUGGUAGCUAACUGCGUCAUAUGCCAAACAUCAGCAUCUAAUCCGAAAAAAGAAUACGUGAAUUGGCAACCAGCAGAAAAUCCUUGGGAAAGGAUCCAUUUGGAUUUUGCGGGUCCAUUCUUCAAUCAAAUGUGGCUGAUUUGCGUGGAUUCUUUUUCCAAGUUUCCAUUCGUGGUAUCACUUUCGUCGGUGACUUCUGAGUCCACAAUAAGAGCUUUACAGAUGAUUUUCGCCAUUGAAGGACUUCCAAAGAAGAUAGUGACGGACAAUAUGGUACGCAAUUCACCGCUCAGACAAAAACCUAAAUUCCAACCAAAUCAAAAAGUUCUAGCCAGACAAUACAGGAAGUCUAAGAAGUGGUGCAAUGGAGUUAUUACUAACGUGUUGGGUAGUAACAUGUAUGGUAUCCAAACUGAUCGAGGAUACAUAAGGCGUCAUCAAAACCAAUUACGGUUAUUGGAGCAUCAACCUGAAGAAGACUCGACUUUCAUUGGAAGUUCAGAAAUUUCACCAAUUUCUAAACAAGAUUCAAUGGAAGGUAAUGUUAUUUUAAAUAACCAUGAAUUUUUUUCAUCUUUUAGACAAAACAAUGAUGAGAGUUCAUCUGAAAAUAUGGAAAUUGAACCGAAGCAGGAAUCAUUUGAACAAGUCACACAACCAACUUCAGAAGUGCACCAGCACGCUUCCAAACAUGCGGAUAGGGAUUCACCAGCUGGUCCACUCGAACUAAGAAGAUCCAAACGACCUAAAAAGGCUCCUGUACGGUUCCCUCAAGGAUGCUAA